GGCUUCAUCGGUUGAUUUGCCUAUCUCAAUAGUUGACCAGCUUCAUCUGUUGAUUUUGGUUGUUUCAGUUUGGGUAUACGGAUGAGAGCACAAGUACAAGUAUGGAAUCUACACCACUCUCCCAGAUGCCACAACAGCAGAAGAAGAGGGGAAAUAAAUCCGAGAAGAACAAGUUGCAAUGCGAGAAAUACUGUCGUCUCUAUCGCAACAAGUUUCGUGACAUUCCGUACUUGACUUCCGUAGAGUUAUUGUUGGAUCAGUGCGCUAGAAACACUAGCACGAGCAAUGUCACUCUCGUGGAUGUACGGACGGAGGAGGAGCGACAAGUCUCCAUGAUUAAAGGAGCCAUUUCUGUUGAAGAGUUUCACAGAUUGCAAGCCACGGCAGAUACCGGUACUAUAUCUUCAUGCAAUGACAAGGAAGAACAAAUAGUUGUUACGUACUGCACCAUUGGUUAUCGUUCCGGGCUCGAGGCACGACGACUCGGUUUACUGUAUCCUCAUUUGAAGGACCAAAUUUACAGUCUCGAUGGUAUAGUCGCCUUUACGCAUGCCUUGGGAAGCACUCUGACGACGAAUCAACAGUCGUCAGAGGAAGAACCAGAAGAAGAAGAAGAAGAAGAAACAACCACCUGUCGCAAUGACACGACGAAGAAACCUCAUCAUUGGAAUCUGAUCCAUCCAGGAACGGGGGCACCAACCACUCAAGUGCACACGUUUGGUUGGAUUUGGGGAUGCGUGGAUGAGGAGCACUUUUCACACACACAUUUCUCACUACCCGCAUUGCUAAUCCGCCUGUUGCAAGUCACGAUUGCCAUUAUCACCUGCUUUUGUCUUCGAAUAAAACACUUUUGUCUUCCUCCUCCUCCAAGACGACAACAUUUGGACCAAGCGUUGAAAGCAGAGUAAAUUGGUUCCGUCCUUUUUUAUAUUGACUACCGUACAGGCAAACCAUCCAUAAUCAAGGAAAUGGCUUUGGUGUGUUGUCGUCGGAGCUCUAGCUAGCUAGCAACACACACAAAAGGAUUCUCCCCCAACGCGUCUUUGUCAGCUAGGUAGUCGUGGGUGGCUCCUUGCAUGGGUCGCCACUGCAGAAACGAGCAAAGAGUGUUCGUUGGGAGGUUCGUGAUGGCUCAGUAACGUUGCUUCAGGCGAUUAUUAUUGUGUUUUUAAAACGGGUAUACUGUGAUGUUCCGAAGAGUAACUUCCCCUUCAUUGCUCAGUACGGUACUGUGCAAUUUGGGGAACUGCAGCCGUGUACGGAUAUGGUUCUUCAUCACGGACUGAGUAUACCGUAGGUCAACAUUCUGCCGGAAACGAUGAUGGAUGAUUUCCUAAGUUAUCUAUCAUACCCUAAUCUAGCAGGAGAAGAAUCGUGGCAGAGGAGACCAUUGUGCCGCAGCAGAGGGCACGCCUUGAUGCUCAGCUCAAUCGAGAAAAGAUGGGUCCAAUGCCCUCGGGGCCAAAACUUCAUGCCACCAACAAUGUCUCGGCCAUCGUUCCCUCGACUAAAGUGACCCUUUAC